AUGUGGACAAUUCGAGGCCAAACGAACAUCAUGAAGCUUCCUUGUGUAAAAUCCAAAAGGCCGAGUGUGUCGAAGUCAAACAAUCUGGCGGGAUCAUUGAAGGACGUCGACUACUACCAGCUCCUCGAUGUACCUCGUCAUGCGAGCGAGGUCGAGAUCAAAGCAGCUUACCACCGCGUUCUCUUGCGCCUGCACCCCGACAAGAAUCGAACUGGAGAACGCUUCGAUAUCGCCCUGAUCAAGGAAGCCUACGAGGUUCUCUCCGCCGCUCACCGACGUGAAGCGUACGAUGCAGCGAUUCUGAAAGAGAAACUGAGCAAACUUUCUUCCACCGCACCGCGCCCUGCGCAAGUGAUAUCCCUUGAAGACUUUAACGAAACUCCGAAUGGCGAGACAGACGAGGUCGCAUCAUGGUGGUAUGGGUGUCGGUGUGGUGGGAACUAUGUAAUACCCACUCAAGCAAUGGAGCGCGGAGAACACCUCAUAGGAUGCAGCAGCUGCUCAGAGGUUAUAUGGGCUGGUUACGAGAUUGCGGAGGAAGAAGACGGCGCAUAG